AUGAACGAAGCACCCCCAAUUUCGCACUAUACUGCCUUGUCCAACGCCACACGCUUGCCUUCGGCGGUGGAGACGCUCGUCGAAUUUUUCGGCAGUAGGGAUGUUGAAGCGUAUUUUGUGGGUGGUGUGGUUCGAGACACGCUGAUGGGACGCAAGUCCGAAGACAUCGACAUUGCAGUGAGUGUCGAUGCUGUUACGAUUGGGCGUCAACUCGCCGAGGCUCUUGGGACACAUUGCGUAAGCCUUCAUGAUGAAUGGCAGGUGGCGCGCAUGGCGCUGAACGAUGCCGAGUGGUCAGGCUAUGUUGACAUCGCCACUAUUCAAGGCGAUAUCGAAUGGGAUCUGUGUCGGCGGGACUUUACUAUCAAUGCAAUGGCGCUGCCGAUGAGCGAGGCGUAUCACGACGAUGUUGAGGAGCGCUUGCUUGAUCCGUGCGGUGGCCUGCCGGACUUGCACGCCGGCGUAGUUCGGAUGGUGUCACCUAGUGCGUUCGACGCGGAUUGCGUGCGUCUCAUGCGCGGCGUGAGGCUGGCGGCUCAGUUCGAGUUUUCACUAGACAGCGAAACUGCCGAAGCCAUUCGAGAACGCGCUGCCCUCAUUUCAGACGCGCCUAGGGAGAGAGUGCGCGAUGAGUUGAUGCGGCUCCUGAGAACAGACCAAGCGUAUGAUGGGGUUCGACUCUUGGAUGAGUUGAGGCUUCUUUGCACCGUAAUGCCGGAACUUGCGAAUGCCAAAGAUGUCACGCAACCCAAAGAACAUUAUUGGGAUGUGUUUAAUCAUCUGAUAGAAGCAGUUGGCUGGGUGGAUGCGAUGUUCCGUGGCGACUGCGAUGAUGUCUUUCCAUUGAAUUUUGUACCGCGCUUCGAGGGCAUGGCUGAAUACUUUGACAGAGACGUGAGCGAUGGGUUUGACAGGCUGACAUUCCUGAAGUUGACGGCGCUUCUGCACGACAUUGCCAAGCCUUCGACCAAGACGGUCGAAGAUUCGGGGCGCAUUCGGUUUAUGGGGCAUCACUCUGAAGGUGCGGAAACAGUGCGAGAUAUUCUCACGCGGCUGCGGUUCGGCAAACGGGGAGUGGAACAUGUCGCCGGAAUGGUGCAGCAGCACCUUCGCCCGACUCAGAUGGCGCAGAAGGGCGAAAUGCCGACCGGUCGCGCGCUAUACAGGUACUACCGCGAUGCGGGGGACAUUGCGCUGGAUACGCUUUACCUGAAUAUGGCAGACUAUCUUGCGGCGCGAGGACCGGCGCUGGAGCGAAGUGAUUGGGUGAACCACUGCAGCCUGAUGCAAUACAUCCUCGAAGAAGGCCAGUCUAGUGAAAAUAGAAAGCGCAAAGAGUCAGUGCAAUCUCUUCCUAAGUUGGUCGAUGGAUACGAUAUAAUAGAUAGGUUCGCGCUUGCUUCAGGACCGGGAAUCGGCAAACUGCUGGAGACGGUCCGAGAGGCGCAGGCAAGCGGAGAAGUUAGUACGAAAGAGCAGGCGCUGGAGCUGGUGCGUGCCAGCCUUGAGCGUGGAGGUGAUGGUGCGUAG